UAUUCACAUGGUCACUGUUAACUUAUCGGUCUAUAAUUAUAAAACAACAGGUGAAACUCAGAUCAGAUCUUUAAACUUCCUGACUUUUGCACCGAUCGUGAUGUGGGACAUUUCAUAGGCGUGACCCUACGGGAAUGCUUUGUAACACCCCUGCUUGCUCAUCUCGAUGACACCUCCUCUGUUUUCGAUCAACUGACAAGGAAGGAGUCCAAGUUUUAAGGCUGCAAACCACAAGUAGGCAAUCCGGCAUACCAAGUUAACCUGCAGCAGCAGCUAUGUACUCAGUCUCUGAGACAGCAAGUGAUGUUGACAUGGAAACAGAAUCAGUUCCGUUACUGUGGGCUACCAAGGAGAAAACGGCACCAAUAUGCUGUUCGUCUCGUUUCAGUCUUGCAGUAUUGUCCUGCUUUGGAUUUAUUGUUGUUUAUGCCCUUCGUGUGAACCUCAGUGUUGCCUUAGUGGAUAUGGUAGAAACAAAUGUCAGCAUUCCAGUAAACAGUAGUGACAUAGCAUGCCCCGAACACUUUAACUCCACUAACACCCAUCGUAAUAAGACGGGAAAAGUGUAUAACUGGGAUGCUGACUCUCAGGGCUGGAUUCUUGGUGCCUUCUUCUAUGGCUACAUUAUCACUCAGGUUCCUGGAGGAUAUGUUGCUGGCAGAAUAGGUGGCAAGUGGUUGUUUGGUCUCGGAGUGCUGGGUACCGCCAUCUUUACACUGCUUACUCCAUUGGCAGCAGAUUUAGGCAUCGGUUAUGUUAUCGCAGUUCGUGCACUGGAAGGCCUUGGAGAGGGAGUAACCUUUCCGGCAAUGCAUGUAAUGUGGGCGUCUUGGGCACCGCCACUGGAACGUAGCAUACUGCUUACUAUCUCAUAUGCAGGUACACAGUUAGGAACAGUCAUCUCCCUUCCACUAUCUGGCAUCAUUUGUUACUAUCUUGACUGGACCUAUGUGUUCUAUAUUUUUGGUGCAGCUGGAGUCCUUUGGUUUAUCUUCUGGACAUUAUUUGUAAGUGACACACCUGAGACUCACAAGAGUAUUUCAUUGGAGGAAAAGGAGCAUAUUGUAACUUCACUACAGCAUGAGCUGACAUACAAUAAGUCUGUACCAUGGUGUGCUUUGGCUACAUCCUUACCACUCUGGGCUAUUAUAAUCGCUCAGUUUUGUUACAACUGGACCUUUUAUACUUUGCUCACAUUGUUGCCAACGUAUAUGACAGACAUCCUAAAAUUCAACAUUCAGGAGAAUGGAUAUUUAUCUGCUUUGCCAUACUUGGGUUGCUGGACAUUUAUGAUGAUCAGUGGUCAGAUGGCAGAUUACUUAAGGCAAAAACAAAUGCUGACAACUGAGGCCGUAAGGAAACUCUGUUCGCUAAUAGGAAUGGUGGGGCCUGCAGUUUUCUUAGUAGCUGCUGGGUAUACAGGCUGUAACUACAGAUUAGCAGUGGCUUUGCUGACAUUAUCAUCAGCACUUGGAGGUGUCAGUCUCUCUGGGUUUAACAUCAAUCACCUGGACAUUGCACCAUCAUAUGCUGGAAUUCUUCUUGGAAUCACCAAUGGAUUGGGUACUAUUCCUGGAAUGGUUGGACCAGUGAUUGCCAAGGCUCUGACACACCAUAACACCAUUAAAGAAUGGCAGACAGUAUUCUACAUUUCUGGAGUGCUGAAUAUAUUUGGUGCAAUUUGUUUCCUAAUAUUCGGCAAAGGGGAGGUCCAGAAUUGGGCAGUGGACAACUGGGAUUUACAUGGAAUAUGAAAGCCAUUUCAAAUUGGAGCCUGCACUGGAGUGCACUUUAUAAUAGCAUUAUUGUGCCUUCAGCCAGCAAAUACCUCAUCAGUGUAUGCCACAGCCUUUCAGACUGCUGAUCAAUCUCUUUUGUCUUAGUUCCAUGUUUACAUAGGGGUGCCAUUGUGCACCUUAAUCAGUCUCAUAAAGCAUCUGCAUUGUCAAUAAAAACUGAAACAGUU